UAGUCAAAGGCAGAGAGAGAAACAAAAGAGAAUUAUGGCAAUGCCUCCUCCUCAACUAAUUAUUAGCCUAUUGCUUGGCUUUUCUUUUCUCUUGCUAUCUUUUCAAGCUUCGCAUUGUGCGGCUCACAGGCAGAACCAUUGGCCUGAGGGAGGAAAAACAAGGUUCUACGAAUUCAAGGUGCAAAAGACGCGGAUAAGGAAACUAUGCAAGAGUAAACAGAUACUGACCAUCAACGGAAUGUUCCCGGGGCCGACGGUGUACGCUGAGGAGGGUGAUCGUCUUGUCAUCAGGGUCACCAACGAAACUCCCGACAACACCACCAUCCACUGGCAUGGAGUGAGACAAAUUCUAUCAUGUUGGUCAGAUGGACCAUCAUACAUCACCCAGUGCCCCAUCCAACCCGGGCGCACGUUUACAUACGAGUUUACGUUGAUCGAUCAGAGGGGAACUCUGUGGUGGCACGCUCACAUCUCAUGGAUGCGUGCGACCGUGCACGGCGCGCUCGUAAUAUAUCCAAAGAGAGGGGUUCCCUACCCCUUCAAGCCCCCGUACGAAGAACAGAUUCUAAUCUUUGAGGAGUAUUGGAAUAAGAAUCCUUUGAAGAUAGAGAAGAAGUUGAUUGCCAGUGGAGGAGGUCCACCUGUUGCUGAUGCUUACCUCAUCAAUGGUCACCCUGGGCCUCGCUACAACUGCUCUGCAACUGAUGUAUUCAAGAUUGAUGCCGUCCCCGGAAAAACCUACUUACUCCGUCUAAUAAACUCCGGCCUCAACACGGAGCUCUUCUUCUCAAUAUCCAGCCACAGGCUCACCGUCGUCGAAGCCGACGCGGAGUACACUAAACCCUUCUUAACGGAUCGGGUCAUGAUCGCUCCGGGCCAAACCCUCACCGUCUUCGUCAAGGCUGAUCAACACAUCGGCGUGUACGAUAUGGCUAUUGGGCCUUACAUGUCAGCCCAAAAUGUCCCGGUCCAAAACAUCUCGGGUGUAGCCCAUUUUCAAUAUAGCGGAGCUAGCUUAACUUCUACGGCCCGACCCGCCCAACUUCCUUUAUUCAAUGAUAACAAGGCCGCCCGGUCUCAUUUAGAUGGGCUAAGAAGUCUACACCAAAAACAUUUGCCGCACCAAAUUGACACAAACCUCUUCUUCACGAUUGGGCUUAACGUUGAGCAGUGCAAUCGGCCCAACCCGAAUAAAACUUGCCAAGGCCCAAAUAACGGAAUAUUUGCGGCUUCAAUGAAUAAUAUCUCAUUUGUGAAGCCUAACGUUUCAAUACUACAAGCUUACUAUGAGGAUGUUGAGGGGCAUUUUAGGACGGACUUCCCUAGCAAACCGUUGAGGGUGUACGACUUCGUUAACGGCGCGCCAAACAGCGCACCGAACGACACAGCGUCGAUACGAGGGACACGGGUGCAUGUUUUGGAGUUCGGAGCGAGGGUUGAGCUCGUGCUGCAGGACACGGGCACGGUGAGCACGGAGAACCACCCGAUACACUUGCACGGGUACAACUUCUACGUCGUGGGCUACGGGAGUGGGAACUAUAAUCCUCGUACCGCUAAGUUGAACUUGGUCGAUCCUCCCUAUAUGAACACCAUCGGUGUCCCCGUUGGAGGAUGGGCGGCGCUGAGGUUCAUCGCCGAUAAUCCUGGUAUAUGGUUCAUGCAUUGCCACCUUGAGGUUCACACCACUUGGGGGCUUGACAUGGCUUUUCUUGUGAAGGAUGGAGACGGCCCAAAUGAGAGUCUUCCUCAUCCUCCUGCAGAUUUACCAAGGUGUUAAUUUUUAUGAUGGUACGAUACGAGGAGAGAAACACCAUUAGACGCUUUGUUUAGCUGAUCAUAUUGAUGUCGUGAAGCACGUUCAGGUCAUUUGAUUCUUUUGAGAGAGAGUUUUCCUUAAUUAUUACUUGUUGUUUAAUUUCCCCAAGAGUGAAUGAAAGCAUGUGAAGAAUAAAUAGAUUUCCUUCUUCUGUUGGUGUGUAUUGAAAGAGGAAGUGCAUCAUGAUAGCCAAAAAAACUUCAGGGAUGGUGAUAUUUACGAUCUUAGUUAUACUCUGUAGUGCAUAUGUUGCAAUUGUAAAUGCACCAGUUGAAUGUUGAACAUUAUGUUGAAGAGCUUCUGUCUAAAGAAACUCGUUGUUUAGAUAUCUGCAUUUUUAUUUUAGAAAAUGCAUUUUCAUAA